CCGCACCAUGAGCGCCGCCGCGCCGGGCGGGCGGGGCCGCGCGGAGCCGGCGGCAGCGGAGCCCGCCGAGAUGCCGGCCACCGAGAAGGACCUGGCCGAGGACGCGCCCUGGAAGCGCAUCCAGCAGAACACCUUCACCCGCUGGUGCAACGAGCACCUCAAGUGCGUCCAGAAGCGCGUGGGCAACCUGCAGACCGACCUGGGCGACGGGCUGAGGCUGAUCGCGCUGCUCGAGGUGCUCAGCCAGAAGCAAAUGGGCCGCAAGUACAACGCGCGCCCCACCUUCCGCCAGAUGCAGCUGGAGAACGUCUCGGUGGCCCUGGAGUUCCUGGAGAGGGAGAACAUCAAGCUGGUGUCCAUCGACAGCAAAGCCAUCGUGGACGGGAACCUGAAGCUGAUCCUGGGGCUGAUCUGGACGCUCAUCCUGCACUACUCCAUCUCCAUGCCCAUGUGGGACGAGGAGGAUGAGGAGGAGGCCAAGCGCCAGACGCCGAAGCAGCGGCUGCUGGGCUGGAUCCAGAACCGGCUGCCCCAGCUGCCCAUCACCAACUUCAGCAAGGACUGGCAGAGCGGCAGGGCGCUGGGGGCGCUGGUGGACAGCUGUGCCCCGGGGCUGUGCCCCGACUGGGACUCGUGGAACCACCGCCCCGUGGAGAACGCGCGCCAGGCCAUGCAGCAGGCGGAGGAGUGGCUCGGCAUCCCCCAGGUGCUGCUGCUGUCCCUGCCCCAAUGGGGAUCCCCCCCAGGAGAUGUGACCCCAAGAAGGUCCAGGGCCUACGGGCCAGGGAUCGAGCCCACCGGGAACGUGGUGCAGCAGCGCGCCGAGUUCACGGUGGAGACGAUCAGCGCGGGGCAGGGCGAGGUGCUGGUCUACGUCGAGGACCCCGACGGGCACCGCGAGGAGGCCAAGGUGGUGGCCAACAACGACAAGAACCGAACGUUCUCCGUGUCCUACGUGCCCAAAGUCACCGGCGUCCACAAGGUGACCGUGCUGUUCGCGGGCCAGCACAUCGCCAAGAGCCCCUUCGAGGUGCAGGGGCGCGCGGCCGGCGACGCCUCGCGGGUGACGGCGGCGGGGCCGGGGCUGGAGCCCACGGGGAACGCGGCCAACCGGAGCACGACGCUGACAUCUGCACCGCCCGGCGCAGGCCCGGGCGAGGUGGGGGUCUCCAUCGUGGACCCCAGCGGGCGCCGCGGGACCCCCGAGGCGCUGCUGGAGGACCGUGGGUCUGGGGGCUUCCGCUGCUCCUACAAACCCCUGAGCGAGGGUCCCCACCUGGUGCACGUCACCUUCGGGGGCGUCCCCAUCCCCCGCAGCCCCUUCAGCGUCACCGUGGGCCAGGCGUGCAGCCCCGGGGCCGUGCGGGCCGAGGGCCGGGGGCUGCAGCCCAAGGGGCUCCGCGUCAACGAGGCCGCCGAGUUCAAGGUGCACACCAAGGGCGGCGGCAGCGGGGAGCUCAAGGUCACCGUCAAGGGACCCAAGGGCCUGGAGGCCGUGAAGCAGAAGGAUUUGGGCGAUGGAACGUUCGGGUUCGAGUAUUUCCCCACCGUGCCCGGGAAUUACACGGUGACCGUGACCUGGGGCGGGCAGCAGGUGCCCCGCAGCCCGUUUGAGGUGACAGUGGCCCCCGAGGGCGGCGCCCCCCGGGUCAGGGCCUGGGGGCCCGGCCUGGAGGGGGGGGUGGCCGGGAAAGCCGCGGAUUUCAUGGUGGAGGCGAUCGGGGACGACGUGGGCACGCUCGGUUUCUCGGUGGAGGGUCCCUCCCAGGCCCGCCUGGAGUGCGAGGACGGCGGCGACGGCUCGGGCCGGGUGCGCUACUGGCCGCAGGAGCCGGGGCUGUACGCGGUGCACGUGCUGUGCGACGGCGCCGACAUCCGGGGCAGCCCCUUCAUGGCCGACAUCCGGCCCCAGAGCGGCGACAGCUUCCCUGAGAAGGUGAAGGCGCAGGGCCCGGGGCUGGAGCCCUCGGGGGUGCUGCUGAACAAAGCGGCCGAGUUCAGCGUGGACGCGCGGCACGGCGGCAAGGGGAACCUCAAAGUGCACAUGCAGGACGCUGAGGGGAACCCGGUGGACGUGGCGGUGAAGGACAACGGGAACGGCACGUUCAGCUGCGCGUACACGCCCAGGAAGGCGCUGAAGCACACGGCCAUGCUGUCCUGGGGCGGCGUCAACAUCCCCCAGAGCCCCUUCCGGGUGAGGCACCCGAAACCGGGCCACCCGCACAAGGUGAAGGUGUCCGGGCCGGGCGUGGCCAAGGCCGGGCUCAGGGCCCUGGAGCCGACCUUCUUCACCGUGGACUGCGCCGAGGCCGGCCAGGGUGACGUCAGCAUCGGCAUUAAAUGCGCCCCGGGCGUGGUGGGCCCGGCCGAGGCCGACCUGGACUUCGACAUCAUCCGCAACGACAACGACACCUUCACCGUCAAGUACACGCCCAAGGGCGCCGGGCUGCACACCAUCAUGGUGCUGUUCGCCGGCCAGGCCACGCCCAGCAGCCCCAUCCGGGUCAAGGUUGACCCCGCCCACGACGCCAGCAAGGUCAAGGCCGAGGGGCCCGGCCUGAGCCGCUCCGGUGUGGAGCUGGGCAAGCCCACCCAUUUCACGGUGAGCACCAAGGGCUCGGGCAGGGCCGCCCUGGACGUGCAGGUGACGGGGCCGGGCAAGGGCGAGGCCGUGAGGGACCUGCAGGUGACCGACAACCACGAUGGCACGCACACGGUCACCUACACACCUGUGCAGCAGGGCAAUCUGGGGGUGUCGGUGACCUACGGGGGGGACCCCAUCCCCAAGAGCCCCUUCGGCGUCGGGGUCAGCCCCGGGGUGGACCUGGGCAAGAUCAAAAUCUCCGGCCUGGACGACAAGCUGGAGGUGGGCAAGGCGCAGGAGUUCACGGUCAAGGCCAAGGGCGCGGGGGGCCAGGGCAAGGUGGGUGCCCGCAUCCUGGGCCCGGCGGAAGGCCGCUGCGUGCAGCGGGUAGCCGCGGCGCGGCCCCCGAGCGCAGCGCCGGCCGUGCGCAACGACGAGGGCCCCCACAGCGUGGAGGUCACCUACGACGGCGUGCCCGUGCCCGGCAGCCCCUUCCCCGUCGAGGUGGUGCCGGCCACUGACCCCUCCAAGGUCCGUGCCUUUGGCCCCGGUCUCCAGGGGGGCCUGGCGGGGGUUCCGGCCCCGUUCACCAUCGACACCAAAGGCGCCGGCACGGGCGGUUUGGGGCUGACCGUGGAGGGGCCCUGCGAGGCCAAAAUCGAGUGCCAGGACAACGGCGACGGCACCUGCUCCGUGUCCUACCUGCCCACGGAGCCCGGCGACUACAACAUCAACAUCCUCUUUGCCGGCGCCCACAUCCCGGGCUCGCCGUUCCGCGCGCCCAUCCGGCCCAAGUUCGACCCUUCCAAGGUCACCUGCGAAGGGCCGGGGUUGGAGAAGGCCACGGCCGGGCAGCCGGGGCGGUUCCGCGUGGACUGCAGCCGGGCGGGCACGGCCGAGCUGACCAUCGGCAUCGCCUCGGAGGCCGGGGCGCGGGCGGACGUGAGGGUGGAGGAGAACGGCGACGGCAUCUACACCAUCGCCUACACGCCGCGCAGCGCCGGCGUGCACACCGUCACCGUGGAGUACGGCGGGCAGCCCGUGCCGCACUUCCCCAGCACCGUGCGUGUGGAGCCGGCACCGGCCGCCGUGGAUACGAGCGGCAUCAAGGUGUACGGGCCCGGCGUGGAGGGGAAGGCCGUGUUCCGCGAGGCCGUGACGGAGUUCGAGGUGGACGCCCGCGCCGUGUCCAAGGCCGGCGGUCCCCUGGUCAAGGCCUUGGUGUCCAACCCCUCCGGAAACGUCACCGAGACCUUCGUGGAGGACCGGGGUGAUGGCACCUACCACGUGGAGUACACCCUCACGAGGAGGGGAGCGCGCCCCGCAUUCCGGGGAGAUCUGGGGGGAUUUUGG